CAGAAGGCACGGAUAGUAAUUAUCAGUGGGGGUACGACCUACGCCUCAAGACAGUAGAUAAGCACCUCUAUAUAGGAGCUAUCAACACAAGAACGAACAGUACAUUGCUACGCUUCGUACAGUGCGCACGUUUCACAAAAAACUCUCUUCAACUGUGUUCGUCGUUCUAUAAAUUCGUUUCUCUUUUGUUUUCCUAAAUGGCUAAAUUCGUUGACAGUGAUUUCCUUUCCCCCAAUUAGUUUCGUUUCUGUGUUUGUUUUUAAAGACUUUACAAAGUUUACUGUCGCCUGUGCUGCAGGUUUUCAACAAUUCGCGUUGACGAUCGCAUACAUGCAUUUCUUUUCGAGCGAAUUGCUGCAAAAGAUGACCAUUACUCUAAUGUUCCGUAUCAACCCGAUCUACUACUCAGAUUACUCGGAUACGAUCUAAGAUUGUAUGUAAAGUCGUUCUCCCGGUCAUUCUGCCAUUGGCUUUACAAUUUCGAUAAUUAUAAGUUUGGUGUGUACUCCAAAGAUAUUACCUGACAGCGUUUAUAAGUCAACAUGGAUAUUGUGGCAAAUUACCACCCGGUGUUCAAGGCGUUCCUGGCCGGUUCCUUCUCCGGGACCUUCAGCACGGUGCUGCUCCAACCCCUGGACUUGGUGAAGACCCGUCUCCAGAACCCUGGGCAACUGGUGGCGGCGACUAACGUCAAUGGCCGCAUCCAACCUGGCAUGAUAACUAUCUUCGCGAACAUCGUCCGCCAAGAGCACAUUAUCGGGCUAUGGCGAGGCAUGGUACCCUCCGUCGCUCGCUGCGUCCCUGGCGUCGGCCUUUACUUCUCUUCCCUGCACUGGCUGAAAGCCAAGAUGGGAAAGACCAGGAACCAGGACCUGGGGGCUUUGGAGGCGGUCGCUUUGGGGGUUGUUGCGAGGAGUAUGAGCGGUGUCGCGCUGAUACCUAUCACUGUGAUCAAGACGAGAUACGAAUCAGGCGUCUAUAAAUACACCAGCCUAACAGGAGCCCUGAAGGCAGUAUACAAGGCCGAAGGGCUGCGAGGCCUGUCCUGCGGCCUCGGGCCCACGCUAGCAAGGGAUGCUCCGUUUUCGGGGCUCUACCUCAUGUUCUACACGCAGACCAAGCAGGCUGUGCCUAAAGAAUGGAUGCAAUCUCCAAGCGCAGCCAGCGCCAUACAUUUCACGUGCGGCGUCAUAGCGGGCAUAGCGGCGUCGCUAGUAACCAAUCCCGCCGAUGUUCUCAAAACUAAGAUGCAGCUAUACCCUGAGAAGUUUCCUAAUGCUUUCACCGCUGCCCUUUACGUACAUCAGACAUACGGGAUCAAAGGCUACUUCAAAGGUGCAGUGCCCAGAAUGCUCCGCCGUACCCUCACCGCUGCCAUGGCCUGGACUGUGUUCGAAGAAAUUACUAGAUCUAUAGGUCUCAAAUGAUACCCUAAUGAAUGGUCCUAAGAGUUGAUUCUAUAGGGACCUUAAUCUUAAGAAUGCCAUGCUUGCAAAAUGAACCUUAUGAUGAAGAGCUUAGGUUGAUUUUUGAAUGGAGAAGCUGAUUGAACAGAUUUGAUAUAAUGAUAGGAAUUAAACCUAUUUUCAAUUAAAUAUAUUUGUACGAAAUAUAUUGAGGUAAUAUGUAGUGGUCACAAAUGUAUUUUAUUGUUAUAAAUAAACUAGUAUUACUCGAUGGAAAUAUAUCCUUAUAUUUUGUUUAUAUGAACCUAAAUAGUUUUAAUCGAUUUUAUAGGCCCUUGGCGUUCAGACGGUUAAGCGCACACAUUGGCAGAAAUCGCUGCUCGAAUGUAUAUUGUGAUUUCCUGGUGAUAUGUUCCUGGUGUUCCUAUAUUUAGAUCUAUAUACUAUAAUGUAUAUACGUGUUUCUUUCUUGUUAUGUUUUAGGAGAAUCAGUUCAUGUAUAUAGUGUUAUAACCAGUUAUAUAAACUUGCUGUCUCUGUUUAAUUCGUUAUUAUAGAAAGUGAUAGCAUGCUAGAUGCACUAAAUGAUUACUUGUUCAACUGGGCUUUAGUUAUUGAUUUUAAUGUUUUCCAUCAGGAAAUGUGUGUUGUAGUAUAACUACGUAAAUGUAUUACCUAUAUUUUAUUAAUCGUUUUGAAAUGUUAUAUUUUUGAUGAUUAAAUAAAGCUUUGGGCACAACAA